UCUUCAAGUGCGUUGGAAAAUGUCGCGAGAUCACUCGUUUACGAGAUGCCCUAUCGACCCGGGAAACUUUUCAUCCCAUGACGAAGACGAAACCGAAAGCAAACCUUCAUCAAUGAGUUACAAAGAGCGACGCCGCGAAGCCCACACUCAGGCGGAGCAAAAAAGGAGAGACGCGAUUAAGAAGGGUUUUGAUACAUUGCAGGAGUUGGUGCCAGCUUGCAAACAAACCGACGUUUCUGGUUAUAAACUAUGCAAGGCGAACGUCCUGCAGAAGUCCAUAGACUACAUUCAGUAUUUGGAACUUCAGAAGAAGAAGCAGGAGGAGGAAAGGAAUGCUUUGAGGAGGGAGGUCGUGGCGUUGAGAAUUAUGCAAACUAAUUACGAGCAAAUAGUCAAAGCUCAGCAGACCCAGCCUGGACACACGGAAACUAGAAUUUCCGACGAAGUUAAAUUUUCUGUGCUGCAAGCCAUUAUGGAGCACCUAUUUUUCACGUUCAGUAACAUUUCUGUGAGCAACUUUUCGGAAUUGUCGGCUGGAGUGUUCGGCUGGCUGGAGGAAUAUUGCAAGCCUCAAACCCUGAAGGAAACGUUAGUUCAAGUACUGCGAAGACAUAACACCUACAUAAGAACUCAACCGCCUAAAAAAUAAA